ACUACGACUCCAAAAAAAGUUGACAGACAGACCAACGUGUACAUUGGAUCACAACCUGGGGACAAAAUCCUAGAGAUCGCAUCAGUCCACUCUCCUCUACGGUGUGUGCACAACGUUCGUGGAACCCAUAAGCAUGUCGUUUGGCCUAGUCUAAACCCAACAUUGUCGGCUGUGUCAUAUUUACCGCCCGUCGCUGUCCUCACUCGAGGCACUUCAACUCACAAUGCCUCCCUUCAACUCCGCCGACACUACAACCUACCGCAAAGAUGUCGCAUCUGGCGGUCGCGCACUUACUGUCGUUGAGCGUGAACGGCUCCUCCAGCAAUACCUCCCAGCAGCCCCCGUACAACAUCCUUCCAACAUGAACACCCGAUCCUCAACGACCACAACCAGCCAGAAACCGCGUGGCCACAAACGGCGAUUGCGCCCUUACCUGAAAGCCAGGCUCCAUUUCCUCAUCUUCUUCCUCAUUCAAUUCGUCUUUGGCGUCUACAUCCGUCUGCGUCAAUUCUACCAUAGCGUCCUCGACCGACUGCUGGCAAUCCGGCACUACCACCACCGCACGCCAGAAUACAUACAGCGCGACGUCAAGAGCCUGGAUCGUAUACCCGAGCACCUCAGCGUGAUCUUGAAGUUCAAGUCGGAGGAAGACGGCGGCCUCGAAGCCCUGUUAGACGAGGUGGCCGAGCUGAGUGCCUGGGCAGCCUCCGCAGGCAUACCGCUGCUAAGCGUGUACGAAAAGUCAGGUAUCCUGAAGACAUACAUCACUUCUCUUCAAGAUCUGGUCAACCAGAAGCUCGCCUCAUACUUCGGUCCGGCCCCCAAGGCACCGAGUCUAAGGGUUUUCGCUCCCAACCAUCCAUCCACAACUGCCUCACCGCAGAUUCUUGCGCAGACACCCAAUAAAGCAUUAUCUACGACGUCAGAACGACCGCACCUCGAUUUGCUCCUGCUCUCCGCAACAGACGGUCGAGACACGCUCGUCGACCUGACCAGAACUCUAGCCGAGAUGGCGCAGGCACAGAAAAUCAGCCCUAAAGACAUCACCUCCAACCUCAUCAACACCGAGAUCAGUGCUACCACGGCCAUUGCGGAUUCCAAAACCGUCAACGGCAGGGGCACACCGAAGUCACAGAAGGAGGUUGGUGCAGGUGAGCCCGAUCUUGUCAUCGUAUUCGGCCCAUAUGUCAAGCUUGAUGGCUACCCACCAUGGCAAAUCCGAUUGAGCGAGAUAUACUGCGUGGGCGAUCCCAGCCGUGAUUCCUCUGGUGGCGCAAGCACGAGAGUCGAGUACCAGGCUUUUCUCAGGGGUCUGUGGAAAUAUGCCGGCGCAGAGAUGAGGUUUGGCCGAUGAACAUCUUGUUUGUUACACCCAAGUACGGGUUCAUGUUGUAGAAUGAGCGCUCGUGUGGUAUAGCAAGCUCUUAGCGAUAUGCGUAGGGUUGAGUGUGUAACAAAACAAUUCUCGGCAGUGUAAUACUGCCACACGUGGCAGUGCGCUUUCAGCUUUGUACUGGUAGGCAUGUCGAACUACUUCAUCGUGUAGAUAUGACAACGAGCUGACUUCAGCUUGAGUGACCUGUCCUAUGCUCAAGAGGACUGCCCAUUCAAUUCCUGAGCUCAAUAGUCAUUGGAACCCAUCCCCUGCGCACACAGACAACCUUUCUCACGUCCAAGAGAGAGUACUGUCGG